CACACAAUGUACUAUCACUUCAGUCUCUGACUAAAACAGUAAAGGACCUGUCGUCGAUGCAAAAAACCUUAUCAAUGUGAUAACAGGACCAAAGGAUUGAAAAUAAUGUGAUUUAAAUAACAAUUGUGCCACUAAACGAACUAUGGGUUUUAAUCUUAAAUUACUACUUACAUUAGUAAUAAGUGCCAGUGUUUUAGGACAAGACGCUAUAGUGAAUGAAAAUGAAAGGACAGUUAGUGAAAAUGCUGAUAAGACGGAAGCACCACAAGAUGGCGUUGCCGAAGUGACUGAAAAAACCAAUGACGCGAUUGAAUUAAUAGAAAAAGUAGAGCUUCAAGUAAAAAGUGGAAAGUAUCAAGUUCUGAAUGAUGGGUUAGAGGGAGAUACGCCUACUAAUUUGGAAGCCGUUGAUUUAGGAUCGAACGAUGCUCAGAACGAGCGUCAAGUAAUUGCACCACCUGGCACAACCUAUCCAUCGCCUUCGGAAUAUGAUCACAUCGACGGGAGAACCCUUCCUGACACCAGCUACCAAAACAAUGGGCAGCCUUACGUCAUCACUCAACAAAGGCUGGCCCAAAUACGAUCAAACUUCAUGUACUGGUUUUACGACCGCGGAGGCAGCGAGGACAUUGGAGAUUACCAAAGAGAUAUCCACACAUCCACACCACAGAUACACAAGAACUUUAAUUUCCAACUCCCAUUCUUUGGCUUCAGAUUUAAUUACACCAGAUUGUCCAUGAAUGGUUACCUCUACUUCAGUGAUCCACCGGACCAUUACACCUACCCCUUGUCUUUCCCCAUGAAAGACUGGCCUAGAAUCAACGACCCCUCCUUCAUUGGUAUAUUCUUCAGCAAAUGCCGCAUUGGAAGUCAGAGGCCGGAAGAUCCUGAUCAAAGAAGACCUGGUGUUUAUUUCAGAAUGGACAGAGAUUUGCAGACUCGCACCGAUCAACUUGGCAUUGAAAUGAGGGAACGAAUCACAUGGGAUCUUCGUGAGGGUGUCAUAGGCUCUGAAGCUUUCUUCCCUAAGCACGCUAUCACGAUUACUUGGAAGAACAUGUCCUUUGCUGGUGGUAUUGAUAACGCGUUAUUCAUGACUAACACAUUCCAAAUGGUUCUGGCAACAGAUGAAGUGUUUACUUACGCUAUUUUCAACUAUCUUGAGAUCAAUUGGAGCUCCCAUACUGAAGCUGGUGGUGAUACCACAACCGGAGAAGGUGGUGUUCCAGCUUAUAUUGGAUUCAACGCAGGCAAUGCUACACGCAGCUAUGAAUACAAGCCAUACUCCCAGGCGUCUGUGCUAAGAGACUUGACGGGAAGAGGUUGGGCUAACGGCUUCCCUGGUAGACACAUCUUCAGAAUUGACGAGAAUAUUCUCAUGGGCACUUGCAACAAAGACAUAGAUGGAGCCAAUCUUCCGCUUAUGUUUGCUCCUGAAAGUGGAAACAUGCUUGGAGGUACCGUUGUCAACAUCACAGGUCCCUGCUUUAGGCCAACUGACCGCAUUUCAUGUAGAUUCGAUACUGAAGCAGUAAUCGGCGCAGUUGUUGACGAAAACAGAGCUAUUUGCAUCCAACCACGUUUCUGGCACAACGGUUACGCAAGAUUUGAAAUCGCUAUCAACAACGAACCUUAUAAAUGGAAGGGAAGGUUUUUCGUAGAAACUCCAGCCACUGCUACUGAGAAAAUCUUCUUCCCCGACAACGCAGUCCAUGAGAGGUAUCCUCCAGAAAUAAGAAUGACGUGGGAUCGGUUCAACUUAACAACAAACUUGAACGUGCAGUUACAGAUCAGUUUAUGGGGUUAUAAAGAGGUCACGAUUAGGCCUCAAUUGGAAUUCAUUGAUAUGAUAGAAGUGGGUGUAGCUAAUACAGGGGAGUACGUUAUAAAUCCACAAAACUUUAGAAACAGAGACAAUAUAAUGCAUAACGAUAUGCAGUUUGGAUUUAUUCAAAUCAAUUUGACUACUCCUGAAGUUUAUAAAGGGGUGCCGAUAUCACCGGUGUUAUGGAGUAGGCCCAUUCCUCUUGGUUGGUACUUCGCUCCCCAAUGGGAGAGAUUACACGGUAGACGGUGGCCUCAAGCUAUGUGCAACAACUGGCUGAGAAACGAUCGUUUCCUCAAGAACUAUGCAGCUCAAGUCUGGGUUUGUCCCUGUACAUUGGAACAUGCUCUGCUGGAUAAAGGACGGUUUAUGCCUGAUCUACAUUGUGACAGAGACAUCAAUCCGACGUGUAGAUAUCAUUGGGGUGCUUUACAUUGUGUACGAAGUGGUGCGCCAAGUUCUGAAGGAUCAGGACAGCAGUGCUGCUAUGACAAGAAUGGUUUCCUCAUGCUUUCGUACGAUCAAAUGUGGGGUUCACAACCGCACCGGUCUCACGACUUUGGGUUUACGCCGUACAAUGAGGCUAACAAGGUACCCUCUCUAUCCCAUUGGUUCCAUGAUAUGAUACCAUUCUACCAGUGUUGCAUGUGGCAAGAGGAACAGGCGGUCGGUUGCGAGACUUUCAGGUUUGAACGACGACCAUCUCAAGAUUGUGUAGGAUAUCAAUCUCCUGGAGUGGCAGGGAUAUUUGGAGAUCCCCACAUUGUUACUUUUGAUGGGUUGCAAUACACCUUUAACGGCAAAGGCGAAUAUGUAUUGGUGCGAGUUGACCAACCUUCGUUAAGACUGGACGUGCAGGGUCGCUUCGAACAGACGCCGAGGAAUAGACUGGGACCAGUGAAUGCUACGGUACUAACAUCCAUAGUAGCUGCUUCAAACAACUCUAUUCCAAUUGAGGUCAGACUGCGACCCCAGCAUGCGCAGUGGAGAUAUCACCUGGAUGUGUUUGCAGAUAAUAAGAGGAUCUACUUCGACCGACCUUCGUUGAGAGUGCAAUACUUCCCUGGUGUGACAGUAUACCAGCCUAUGUAUCUCUUGAACCAGUCUGAGAUAGUCAUCAUGUUCCCUUCGGGUGCUGGUGUUGAGGUUAUUGAAAACGGAGGCUUCAUGAGCGCCAGAGUUUACUUGCCUUGGACUUUUAUGAAUCAAACACGAGGUCUCUUCGGUAAUUGGUCUCUGGAUAUCAACGACGACUUCGUACGUCCCGACGGAACUCUUGGAGCGAUUGACGUCAACAACUUCCAGUCGGCACAUAGAGAUUUCGCACAAAUGUGGCAACUGACCGAUCGAGAACAACAGGGUAUAGGAGUUGCGAUGUUCUUCAGAGAAUAUGGUCGGACGGCAGCAUUCUUCAACGACAAUAACUUUAUACCGAACUUCAUUCGAGAGCCGGCGGACUUCUUGCCGGCGAACCGAUCUCGUGAUGUGGCGCGAGCGUUGGAACUCUGUCAGGACUCAUACCAAUGUCGAUAUGACUAUGGCAUGACGCUCAAUAGAGAUCAGGCGGAAUUCACGAAGAACUAUCUAUCUUCUAUAGUAAAUAUCCGAGAAACAAACGCACGGCGCGUGAUAAGCUGCGGUAUAUUGGAGACUCCUCGUUUUGGACGGAAGAGUAACUUCUUCUUCACUCCUGGCACAAGAGUAAACUUCGAAUGCAACCAAAACUUUAUUCUGAUAGGAGACAAGCGACGUAUUUGUGAGGACAACGGCCGGUGGAAUCUACCUGACUACGGUUACACGGAAUGCUUACGUAACCAGGAGUACUCCCAACGCGCCCUGUUCCUGACUUGGGGCAUCAUAGUGGCAAUUAUUCUACCGUUAGCGCUCCUCAUUUGCCUGUUAUGGUUUUGGUGUUGGCACAAGCCGCGCUCCGAAGGCAAAGAGGGCUUCCGCUUCCAAGACAUACCACGAUCGAAAUCCGCCUCUCGUCUUAAUCUCAGAUCAGCUUCAAUGGGAAACAUCACCGACACUAUGAAAUCCUCGACGUUACGUAGCCAGGAUUCUGAUAAGCCCAAAAUACCCGAUACUCCUACAGAGGAAAGCCCAUUAAAACCUAGCAUUGGAUUAAUAACUAGAUCCGCCCCUCCACCACCAUCUGAAACGAUGCAAGACGGUGACACGUCCGGCAUCGGGUACUCUGACUCUAAUAAGAGUGAUUCAAACAAAUCUGACAAAGCCAAAAAACGUCGCGCUUACGACAAAACCUACCGGACUAACGAACCUUUACCGAACGCCCCCGAAGUAGAAUUCACUGACAAACCCUGGGAUCUAUCUGAAGAAGAUCUACUGUCUCUAACAACGCCCUCUGAAACGGAGUCCAAUAAAGAUUCAACCUUAACACGACCGGCCAAAGAUAUAAAAUACAUUAGCAAGCCACGCCAAACCGGUAGACGUGCUCUUCCGAGCGAUUCAGGUUAUUCUACCAAAGAGGGAUCAGAAGACCCCUAUUCCCCUAAAUACGAAGGCCAGUACAGUCCUAUACCGUCUCAGUAUUCUCCGACUUAUUCCGAGAUUUAUUCUCCUCCAAUAAGUCCGACGUCUGACAAUAGCCCCAGAAGCACUUACAACAAUCCAGGCUUGCCAGAGCCUCCAAAAAGUGCUCCACCAACAGAAGUGAAAACAUUUACGCUUCCUCCUAAAAGAGGAAAACAAGAAUACUCCGCUCGCACCCUGGGAGCUACAUGGGGCAUCAUCAGUGCGGUGAUGUUACCAAUAGUCGUGGUACUCAUCUGCAUUGGAUAUCGCUUGCUGAAGAGAAAGAAGGAUGAAGAACGUGAGGAGAACGAAUUCUUACCUAUCAGAACACGAACCUUCGACCCAGAUGAUCAACUGAAACUGAACUCUGACGACGAAUCUAUUCCUUACAAAAAAGACCUCACAGAGGACAGUCCCGAACCGACAGAACCUGUCAAGGUUGACGAUAACGCGUACCCAUACGGUCAAGAAUACCCGCAACCAUCUGAGCAAUAUCAGUCAACGACCGACACUUUCGGGCAACCACAAUACCAACCGCCAACUACGGAAACGUUCGCACAACCGCAAUAUCAACAAGAACCGCAGUAUCCAGAGCAACAACCCCAGUAUCAACAACAACAACCGCAGUAUCAACAACAACAGCCGCAAUAUCCGCCGCCACCACCGCAGUUCCCACCACAACAACCGCAGACAAGCAGGGCGUGGACUGGGGAAACAGAAAUCAACUAGCGUUUUUUGCUUACUACGAGUAUAUCAGAGGGCCUAGUGGGAGUCUGAUACUGUUACUAUCGCGUUAACGUGAACGCGAAUUUCUAAGGAAUUGAAACAGCGCCAUCUAGUGGCGCUACUGCACAACUGUUUCGAUUCCAUAUAAAUUCGCGUUUACGUCAACUCGAUAGUAACAGUAUGAAAAAUUGAAAACUCCCACUGGGCACAUAGAUAUCUUGCUCUUAGAAUAAUUUAGCAUCUAAAUUUUUAUUCUAUGGUAUAAACCACCAACUUCAUUAUGUUAUAAAUUUCAUUUUGUAAAGGAUAAUUACGAAAGGACUUCGUGACAUAAUAUAUGAAGUUAGGAGAUUUUUUUAAGAAAAUCUAGUUUGUAAGUAAUCAAUAAAUCAAUAUAAAAUUUACGUAACGUAAAUAUAGUCUGGCAAGUUCGUUGACGUCACUCCCAUGAUAUGCGGACGACGGGGGGAAAGACUCCGCGGGUGUGAAAUCGUGCGUGCGGAGAAGUGAGGUGCAUCAGUCGUAGGUUUUUCAUUCAUCGCUACACGCCCCUCGGCCCGUGCGGACCAUUGGGAGUGUUACGAACGAAGUUGCCAAGCUAUACUCAAUGGUAUCUUCUAUAAAUUCUUCAAUUAUGUUAUUAAAUUUCACUGUUUACAUAAGUGCAUUGACUUGAAAUUCCAAUUGUAAGAAUUCCGAAUAAGUUAUUAAAAUAGGAUCUACUUUUUUUUCUACAUUAAUUAACGAUUCCAAAACAAUCUAUCCCACCUUUAAUUUUUUUAUAAACUUAACAUUAAGUCGAAUUUAAAUUAAAAUGAGCACACCUUUUAUCAAAUACAUUUUGUAUUUUAUUAUUAAAGUACUAAUGUAGCAUGACAAAGGAGAUGGUCAGUGAAUUUCAGGCCCACUCUUGUACCCCGUGUCAUUAAAAUUUAAAAAAUACAAGGAUUUUAUUAAAAUCUAAAUUAGUGAAUAAACGUAACUAAUUAAAAAGAAAUUAAUAAAAAUUAAAAACCCAAGUUUUCGAGUUAUAACAAGAUGGCGUCCCUAAAGCAACUAUGACAUGACAAUUGACAGCAAACGUCAAAUCGACUACUGCAUUGAAAACGUCAUCAAUCCGCUAUUAUUACCCAUAACACGUUGCAGUUCUUGGGAGAGAAUAAAUAAUAUUUCGAAAGAAUUAAAGUAAAUUCGUAGAUUUGUAUAAUGAAAAAUAGUUUAAAAAAAUAUUUUCUUUUAUUUCCGACAGGGAUACAAUGACUGAUCCUGGGCCCCAUACAAUUUUGGACUAUCUCCUUUAGUAUUUUGCUAUAACUACAUAACUACAUAAUUACAUUAUUAACAUUUAAAGUAAAUAUUAGGAAUUUAACUACAUUAUUUUUGUACCUUUGAAAAAUUAUUUUCUUUUGUAUAGUAAGUAUGUAUAGAUACUUAUCUUUAGGUAUGUAUGAUUGGUGCAAUAACUAAAAUGCUUUUUUAAAAUUAUAAAAUUGUUAACUAGGA